AUGCUUUAUUGGGUAAAGAAGAUCAUGGGGCAUCAUCACCAUCACCACCACCGUGAUGGAGACAGCCCAUAUGAUGAUCCUUUGUUGGCUUGCUGCUGCUGCCCUUGCUUGCUAGUUUCUUCCAUGUUGAGAGGAUUUGGGAGAUGUCUAUUUGCAGCCUGUUACCCUCUGUUGCGUUGCUUUGGAUUGGAUGACCACCACGACCACCACCACGACCACCAUAUCUUUUGA